AUGCUGUGUCCGGCCUCCUGCCUGCCGCUCCUCAGGGAGCUGGCUCAGUGGCGCUGCCUGCUGGGCUGGCAUCGCCAUCAUGGGGUAGCCUCCAGCGGCGCCGCAGCACUGACCGCCACCGCCCACCACACACAGGGGUCAGAGUUCAGGGACAGACCACAACGACCGGUCGGACGCACCGAACCGCUUCUGGGGAGCCAGUGCUCUUCGGCCUGCGUGCCGUCGCAGCGCCACUCUGAGACCGUCGAGUCGGACGUGUGCGAGUCUGGGCCGUGCUCGUGUCCGUGUCCCGGUGCGUCCUGUCAGUGGCACGGCACGCUGGAGGCCGUCGUGCCGCACCUGAGACACACACACAAGUCCAUCACCACACUGCAGGGGGAGGAUGUGGUGUUCCUGGCCUCGAACAUUGGCGUCCGUGGUGCAGUGGACUGGCUGAUGUUGCAGUCGUGCUUCAGUGAGAACUUCCUGCUGGUCCUGGAGAAGCAGCAGCACUUGGAGGGUCACCAGCAGUUCUUCGCCGUUGUUCUUCUCAUCGGAACUCGAGAGCAGGCCGACGCCUUCGCCUACCGCCUGCAGCUCAGCGGCCGCCACCGCCGCCGCCUCACGUGGGAGGCGGCGCCGCGCUCCAUCCACGAUGGUGUGGCCGCCGCCAUCCUGGACGGUGACUGCCUGGUGUUCGAUUCCACUGUUGCCCAGCUGUUCGCGGACGACGGGAACCUGGGCAUCAACGUCACCAUUUCUAUGUGCUGAGCUUCCGCUGCACGCUUGCACCGCGGCGGACG